CCUUUCUCUUUCCUGCUUUCCGGGGGCCAAGAUGUCUAAGCGAGGAUGUGGUGGGUCAUCCGGAGCAAAGUUCCGAAUUUCCUUGGGUCUCCCAGUGGGAACUGUCAUCAAUUGUGCUGAUAACACAGGUGCCAAGAACCUGUACAUCAUCUCUGUGAAGGGGAUUAAGGGAAGAUUUAACAGGCUUCCUGCAGCUGGUGUGGGUGAUAUGGUGAUGGCCACAGUCAAAAAGGGGAAACCAGAGCUCCGGAAAAAGGUUCAUCCAGAAGUGGUGAUACGGCAACGGAAGUCAUAUCGGAGAAAAGAUGGUGUGUUCCUAUAUUUUGACAGCACACAUUGA